AUGGAAGUGGUUCCAAAAGUCCUCCAAGGCUUCUGGUUGCCUCCUCCGAACACCUUCUUCAACAUGCCCUCCCAGCAGCUCAGUAAAAUGGCGCCUCACAUAAAACUGUCUCCAAACCUGAAUGCCAGAGAGGCCUGCACCCAGCCAGCAGACGUGGUGGAUGGUGCAGAAGACAAACCCAGCCCUGCUGAAGCACUGCGAACUCCCGACAACACCGCCGUCCAGAAUGGCUUGAACCACAAGCUGGAUGAAGAAGGCGAAAAGCCCAUAUCCAGCUCAGAACCAGACUCUAGUGUGGCUCCAGCUCAACCACUCCCUCUGACCCCUGCUGCUGAGACUCCAGUCACUGCUUCCGUCCUGGAUGCUGAGAAGAUGAGUGAGGAACCCACCAGAGAACCAGACUCUGCCUUGGAUCCAGCUCAACCAGCUCUUCGGACCCUUGCAGACGAACCUCCUUUCAUCCCUGCAGCGCAGGAUGACCUGACCACCAGUGCUGAACAUCCUGCCAACUCCACCAUCCAAAAUGGUUUGAACAGUAGCCUGGAUGAAGCAGAGGAACAGUCAGCGCUCAGCCUAGAGUCUGCUGUUAUUUCUCCUCUACCUGCUCCUCUGACCCCCUAUCCCGUAACUUCUACCAGCGUCGCCCACAUCGCUGACGCCGCCAACACCUCCAACGCCCAGCAGCCAAUGCUCGGUCCAGAACCAGACUGCGCCUCUGUUACCACUCCUCCACCACCUUUGACCCCUCUUGCUGAUGAGUCUCGUGUCAUCUCUGCAGUACAGGAUGAGCUGAUCAUCACGCAGCAGCCAGUCAGGGUGGAGGAAUCUUUCAACACCACAACAGAGGUUAAAAAGACAGAGAUUAAAUGGCUUAGACACAAGCUGGAUAUGAAGAAAAGCCUGUCUCUUAACUCCGAACCAGACUCUGGUGUGGCUCAGCUCAACCACUCCUCGGCCCUGCCAGGAAUGGUCCACUGCUUCGUCCCUGGAUGCUGGGAAGAUGGUUUAAUCUACCCGCUCUGGCUGGAGCAAGGGACUGAUGGUAGUCUGCGUUAUUUCUCCUCCUCUGACCCCCUAUCGACCAACGACAGCCCGGCGCUGGCACAUGUUCUGACCAGCAACCAGCCAUUCGGUCAGAGCCAGGCUACGCCUCUUCCUCCUCCAUACCACCUUUGA